AUGAGUCUCCAUGUUAAAACUGCCAUUAAGAAUGUGGCACUUGGUAUCCUGGAUCCAAUCCCGGCCCAAGUGCUCUCCUACUGUGAGCGCCUCUACGGCCAGACUCUUCACAAACGUCUACCUAAGUCCUACGAAAGUGCUAGGUACCAUAUCUGUGCCUUCUUGUCAGUCGAAAAAUACCUGAGCACAUUCAAUCUACCGUCUCCAGACUUUAAACGGAUCCCCAUCCCCCCAAAAAAGUGUCUCACUACAUUAGAAGACUUUCGUUUGUAUUUGGAUUCGGUCAAGUCGGCUUUAUCAACUCCCACAAAGCAAUCACCACAUUCAUCGCCUUUAGCCAAUUUGCCUAUUCCUCAGUCUCCUUUUCAAGAAACAUCCUCUGCUAUGGGAUACACAUCAGUGCAGCUAAACGGGAGUCCGGUGAAGCUCUCACCGUCCCAGUCGGUCCCUCGUGGGCGUAAACGAGGUUCUCUUCACGAAACUUCUACACCCACCAGAUCGUCUCCACUUAAAAAGUUAAGGGCCAUUGCAAACGAAACGCCGUCGGCGGAACAAAGUCCAAGCAUUGUUAGAUCUAUAGCGAGUCCUUUUCUUACGCCGAACUCGAAAGCGGUAAAACCGUUCAAAGUGACAGAAGAUUCGGUGUCUAUCGUGCAACUUAUUCAACUUUGUAACACCUUCUACAUGCCAGCUUCUGUCACCGUCAGUAUCAUCCAGGAGUUCAUCAACCAGAGGCACAAAUUUGUAAAGAAAAGUGACUGGUACCUCGCGUGUGGAUUGAUCUACGCUGCUUCGCUUCGUAUAAACCAUAGAAUCAUCAAAGAUAAGCCAGACUACGGAGAGACGUUGGUUACACAAUUCAUACGACAGAGAAGUAAACUCAAAAAACCCAACUUGAUCUACUGGAACACCUUGAUCAACGAAGGGGUCAAGAAUCAGCCCUGGAUCAUCGAAAUUGAAAAUACCUUUAUGUUUGGGGUUCAAAGUCUGCAGGCUGAGAAGAAGGAAAACGACUAUAGGCUUGGAAUAGGCGCUGAAACAUACGAUAGACUAGGUAUGAUGAACAAUUCCCAUUCCAACAUUCUAUCCGACUCACAACAAUCAUACUACAAUACCUGGUCAUCUAAUGUAUUGCUGCAAAUUGAGUAGGUCAGCUCUUUCGUGCACCGCAGCCUUUUUUUCGUGAAUCGCAUCUUCACAUCAACAUUUUAAGACCUUUUUUUUCACAGUUGCCAGUAUACAAAUUAAUUUUAUAGGGUAUAUCAGCACUAGAGCGGCUCGUAUUACAUAUUUCCUCGUAUUUUAUACGUCCAUAAGAUCCAUUUGACGCUC